AUGAAAGGGGGAAGCGGUGGAGGAGUAGCACACAAUGGAGGAGCGGGAUGCAGUAGAGCAGCAGAACCCAAUGGAGAAUCGGGACGCAGUGGAAGCCGUUGCCGAAUCAAAAAGGUGACCUUCCGAGAGCCCCCAGUAGUCUGUGAAUUUAGCGAAAACGACAAGCAUGAAUUUGAUGAAUCGUCUUGUGGAGAAGGUGCAGCUAAUGAAAUUUUUCCAGACGGCACCGAGUUGUCAUCGCUGAUGGAAAACUUCGACCCGAUAGAUUUUGGCAUUAAAGAAAAGCUAACUGAAAGUGAAAAGAGAAUACUUAUUAGGGAAAUUCACGGAAGACGAAGUGCUAACGGGGCGUUCUCUACCUCCCUAUCAAACGGGAGGAAGAACAACAAGUGUAUUACCCUUAGGCAGGAAGAGACACUGGGGGAGCAGCCAGGGGGGACACGAGGACAAACAAGGGGCUAUGCUAAUAAGCAGAAUGGAGGAAGCCAACCCUGGGAACAUGCCAUAGACGGCACAAGCGAGACGGACAAAAAAGCGAUGGAGACAAAGAAGAGAAAAAAAAAAAGAAGCAGGGGACGACGGAAGGAGGAGGACCCCCUCGCCUACCUCGAUGGAGACUGUUACUUCCCAGAUGACGGGUAUGACUAUGAACAACACUUAAAAAGCAUAAGUUCCAAUUUUGUAAGUGCAAAAUCCAGAGGAGACAAUAACUUUUUUGAGGUUAAGCCAACAGAUGAAGAGGAAAGAGAGUUAUUUAAAACAUUCGAAGCGGACAACUACGAAGAACUGAAUGAUAAUUUUGUGUACGAAGCGCAGGAUGUGAGUGAUGAGGAUAAGUUGGACGUGUCAAAGGAUCUCAUUUGGGGCACCCCCGACUGGAGUUUCCCCAUCGGCGGUGCCAGUACUACAUAUUUGACUACCGAUCCCAUGCAGCUAAACGAGUUGAGAGAGAGCGUGGACGGAGACACGACCGACGGGGAGAUUAGCGAUGCGGAUCGGGAGGCACAUCUUUUGCCAGGGAAUCACCACCUUCGUAGUGGUAGCGGCAGGAGCAGCGGUGGCCACGCAGGUGGAAGAGGCAACUCGGAGGAAAACGGAUACGUCAUCUUUGAUGAAGGUACGCACACAAAGAUCUCCACAUGUGAGAAGAAAAAACAAAAAGAUACAAACACAGACAAAAGCGACCCGAACGCACUAAAGCUGAGCGAUCUGGUCAAGCUGGAAAUGCAAAAAGUCGACAGCAAGAAUUUCAAUGAAAUAAAAAAUAUAGUUUACAAGACCAAAAUUUUGCAAAUUUUGAAUUCACAAAAAGAGCAAGAAUGUCACCGUGGGAAGGGUCAUGGUGAAGAGAACUCCCGUUCAGACGCAUCCGGGGAGUUUUUUUUCUCCUCCUCCGAUGCGUCAUCUUCAUCAUUGUCAUACGAUUGCGAAACAAUCCUCACGACGAAGACGAACACAACAAACCACCCUUGUAAGUUAGUCAUCCCCAAGAAGGUCCCUACUCCCGCGUCUGGCAGCCUGUUGAUUAACCCUCUGCCUCACGCCAGCGCCAACCCGAAGAGGAAACACAGGGAGAAGGAGAAAGUGGGCGAAGAGGCCAAACUGGAGAGUUACCUAGUCCUGGAAAGUAUAAACACCACGCGCGGCAAAAACGAAACCCCGGAAGAAAAGAGGGAGCGGAAGAAGCUCGUCAAGGAGGCGCAACGACUGAACAGGAAGUUGAAAAAGGAAAAUGCGCUACUGAUGAAGAGCGAGAAAAAAAUGAUGAACAAGAAGAGCAACCCCUUCGACAUCAGAGACAACGUCAAGUACAUUAAACUGUGA